AUGCUGGAACGCCACCCUCGGCACCGAGGCACCUUUCUCCCGCCGCUCUCAUCCAUCCCCUCACACUGGUACAUUGUCUUGUCAGUCUGGAACAGGCCCGGGACAUGGGAAGUAAUGAGGCACCUGGGCGCACCCAAGUGCAUGGGGGAGUGUUCUAGAGGGGCCAUAAUUAUUAGACGCAUGUCUUGGGCUGAGACACAAGCUGCGGGACUGGCGCCGGGACAUAGCGCGCGCGCGCGCCAGUGGAUGGUCCACGUCUCGGCGCGGCGCGAAGGAGUCUUGGUACAGCGCAGUGCAGCGGCGAGUCUUGUCGGAUGUGCAGGCAUCCGAAUGGCCGAGACUGUAAACUGGGCUGUGCAGCUACCCUGGGCCGCGCAUCGCAUCGUACAUGGCCUGCAUCGGGGGCCAUUAUGUCGAGGAACGACCUAUAUCAGCGGAUGGGAAAACAAGAAGCGAGCCAUCUGA